ACACCAAACAACCACAUACUGUACUAUCUAUACAAAACACAACCACAUACGUAUUGAAUUUAUAAGAAUGGCCAAGAAAUCAGGGAAUGCUCUCUUCGGACUAUUCAAGCUGAAGAAAAAGAAGGAACGACGGGACGAAGGAGAUUCCGAGAGGGACGAGGCGGUGGUGAAGAAGGAGAAGGUGUACAAAGUAUAUGCGAGCGACGAAGAUCGUCUCAAUUGGGUGGCUGACCCUCAGAUUGAUGCCAAAGCCACCGCUUUCAUAAACGCCAAGAGACUGCAGUUUCGGUGCAGCAGCAACACCAACGAUAGCGAGGACACCGCCGCCUCCACAACAACAACAACAACAUCCAAGCCUUAAUCUCAAAAGAAUUUGAGGCCGAGGACACCGCCGCCUCCAAAGAACAUUAAUUAUGUCGUGUACGUUUUGUUGUGUACAUUAUCAUAUGUAGCAUACAACUUUGUUUUUGGUAGCAGGGCAGCUUUGUGAAUGAGUUAACCGCAGCCUUAUUUCGUUUAAAAUCCUAGUACGGAGUAGUUUUUUAAUCUUCUAGCUAACUAUGUCUCUCCGCUAGCUAGUGUGCUCCUCUGUGCACAUCAUACUGUAUAGGAGAAGGAAAUUCUAUUCUCUAUAUAUAAUUAUCAUUCCUCUUUUAAUUUAUAUUGUAC